UGACCCGAGCUCACACAGUGUCGGUACCUGCAGAGUGAGGUUGUUGCUGGCAGCUGGUGAGUGGACACAGACUCCCCAGCCCUCAGUGAGCCCAGCGCUUCGUUUGCGACAGGACGUCCCUCUCAGCUCUCUCUCUCUCUCCCUCCUUCCUCCCUCCUCGCCCGUGUCCCUCCUACCGUGACAUCCUCCCUGGGUUGUUAUCUCUCACACCUUCAAGUACCGACCAAAACCCAGAGAUCCUCGACCGUUUUCAUCGAGUCCCACUUAUAGCAGACUCCCAUCUCUAACAUUGACAUCAAGAACGAAGGACUGAGCCAUGAGUCUACCUCGGUACUUACCCUCCCUGGCGCUGCUGGGGUUGUGCCUGUGUGUAGGGGCGAGGGUCGUCUACCCCAGCAGUACCUGUGAACCCAACAAAAUGACGGUAUACAAAGUGAUGGUUGAGACCGCCUGGAGCCGCGAAGUGUUCCCCAAGCAGUACCCCGAGUGGAGACCUCCAGCCCAGUGGUCCAAAGUUGUCGGUCGCUCCCACAACAGCUCCUUCAAACUAUUCAGGAUGGGCGAGGCAGCGUCGGAAGGCCUCAAACAGUUCGCUGAGCAAGGCCAGACCGAGGUACUGGACGCCCACAGUCAGGGUGAAGGAGGCGUCUUUGAUGAGUUCAACGCCCCGCCCGUACCUGAAGGUGCAGGAGAGACGCAGACCGAGUUCUUCGUCGAUGGCAACCACUCCAGGGUGUCUCUUAUAUCGCGAGUGGUGCCGUCUCCUGAUUGGUUCAUCGGUAUUGAUAGCUUUGACCUGUGUGUUGAGGGCAAGUGGGUGGAGUCCGUGGUGCUGGAGGUGGACCCCCUAGACGCAGGUACGGACAACGGAUUCACCUUCACCUCACCUAACUGGCCGACUAUCCCCAAAAAACCGGUCAGCCGGAUAACAGCCCAGAGUCCAGAUCAUCCGGCUAAUUCCUUCUAUUACCCGGACGUACAGGAACACCCACCCAUUGCCACCUUCCACAUAGUUAAGGUGAAGGAAUAUGAGCUGUCCCAGGUAUUCUCACCGUCACUGCCCAGGUCAUCCACCACCAGGCGGUACUCUCCACAGGAUCUCCAAGAUGACAACACCACCAAAGGAAGAACAGGCGAGGGAGAUAAUGACGUCAACAACAGCAUCCUACCAGAGACAGGCGAGCCCUCCUCCUCCUCCUCCUCCUCCUCCACCAAGCAGCCCCUUCUCAACACCGUCGUGAACAAGUACAGGAAGAAGUUUAAAAAGAACAGGACGGGCAGGAAGAUGGGACCAGGUAGAAAAUCUCACUGUAAGAAGAUGGCUCGCCGUCGCAACCGUGGCCCCCGUGACUGUCUCUUGUCCGAGUGGGCUGAGUGGUCCUCCUGUAGCAAGACUUGUGGCAUCGGGGAACAGAUUCGCACAAGAACCGUAUUACGUCACUCCCGUAGAGGUGGACGACCCUGCCCUUCCCUUCAGGAGACCAAGUGGUGUGGCUCAUCAAGGGACUGUGACCACAAGUACUUUGACUGGUAGAGAGAGUGGAUCAUGGUAGAAAGGGGGUGGAUCAUGGUAUAAAGGGGGUGGAUCAUGGUAGAAAGGGGGUGGAUCAUGGUAGA